AUGGACGCGUCGUCUAAUCCUUCUGCCAUCUCUGCCCUACCACCUACUCCGGUCACUGUAAUGGCUUCCCGGCCCAUCGCCAAGUCCCGCCUCUCAAUGCCAAAACUCUCGCCUCCAUCUCCCUCUCCGUCGCCGGCCAGAACUGAAUACCACCUCAUCUCCAUCAUUCACUCCUCCAAAUCCGCUUUCCAGCUCAAGCAAGUCCACGGCCGCGUCCUCCGUCUCCGGCUCCCCCUCACGGCCCGCCUCGCCGCCCAGCUCGUGUCCGCCGCCUGCUCCCCGCACCUCCGAGCAGUUCCGUACGCGCUCGCCCUCUUCCGCCACUCCCCCCCGUCCCCUCCCGUCUUCGACGCCCUCGUCCGCGCCCUUGCCAGUUGCUCCCUCUUCUCCGCUGCCCUGUCCCACUUCGUCCUCAUCACCCGCUCCGGCCUCCGGCCCAGCCGCCUCGCCUUCCCUUUCGCCCUCAAGUCAGCUGCAGCGCUCCCUUCGCCUCGCCACGCCGCCUGUCUCCAUGCCGCCGCCGCCAAGUCCGGCCUCGACCUUGACCUCUUCGUCCGGACCUCCAUCGUCGACAUGUAUGUUAAGCUCGGAUUCGCGGAAUGUGCUCUUAUGGUGUUCGACGACACGCCUGGAUGGCACAAGGCAUCGAGCGUGCUCCUUUGGAACGUCUCGAUCAACGGGUGCUGCUUGUCUGGUGAUUUAGAGGUUGCAAGGAGGCUCUUCGAGUCGAUGCCAGUAAGGAGCGUGGCUUCUUGGAAUAGUCUGAUUCAGGGAUACAUGAGGCAAGGUGAUGCACAGUCUGCCGUUGAGCUUUUUCAUCAGAUGACACAGAAGAAUGUGGUCUCAUGGACGACGAUGGUGGCAGGUUUCUUGAGACUCGAUGAAUAUGAGCAGGGAUUGGGUUUCUUUGAGAAGAUGUUGGAUUCAGGCGUGCAGCCCAACGAAUUCACGAUUUCAUCUGCCCUCUCAGCUUGCGCGAGGAUGGGGGCUUUGGAGAGGGGAAUUAGGAUUCAUGAUUUUGCUUUGAAGAGUGGGUUCAGGGAAAAUGGUGUUAUUGGCACAGCACUCGUGGCUAUGUAUUCCAAAUGCGGGAAGAUUGAACUUGCAGCCCAGGUGUUUGAUGUUAUGGAUAGGAGGGACCUUCUUACCUGGACGUCGAUGAUUUUGGGAUGGGCAAUCCAUGGCCAUUGGGCAAAAGCUCUCCGAUGCUUUGAGGAAAUGAAAUGUGAAUGCAUUGAACCAGAUGAAGCAGUAUUUCUGGCCAUGCUAAUGGCAUGCUCUCACUCUGGGAAGGUUGAACGUGGGCUCCAGAUAUUUGACAGCAUGAGAUUCGAGUACAAGAUCGAGCCCACCAUUAAGCAUUACACCUGCAUGGUGGACUUGUUUGGAAGAGCAGGACGGUUGAACGAUGCCAUGUCACUUAUGAAAGCCAUGCCGAUGGAACCAGACUUUGUUCUCUGGGGUGCAUUCUUCAACGCCUGCCGUGCUAAUAAGAAUGUUGAAUUGGCCGAAGUAGCAGCAGAAAAGCUUCUCAAUUUCAGACCAAAGCAUCAGGGUACCUUUAUUUUCCUUUCAAACAUGUAUUCUGGAGCAGGUAGAUGGGAUGAUGAUGCUGAGAAAGUAAGGACUGUCAUGAAAGACAGUGGUAUCGAGAGGUUACCUGGAUGGAGUUACAUUGAGGUGGAGGGAGGUGGACAUCGUUUUGUUGCGGGUGAUCGAUCUCAUCCACGAUCUAAAGAAAUAUAUGGAAAGUUAGAGGAACUAGCAACCAGAGCUAAAGAGCAGGGUUAUGAGCCUGAUACAGAUUGGGUUCUUCAUAACAUUGAGGAUGAGGACAAGGAGGAGUCAUUAGGAUGCCAUAGUGAGAAGUUGGCACUUGCCUUGGGUCUUUUGAGUACUCCCAUUGGAGCUGACAUUAGGAUUGUCAAGAACCGUAGAGUUUGUGGAGAUUGCCAUUUGUUGAUGAAGUUUGCAAGCAAACUGUGCAACAAAGUGAUCAUCCUAAGGGAUAUCAAAAGGUUUCACCAUUUCAAAGAUGGCAGAUGUUCAUGUGGAGAUUAUUGGUGA